AUGUCCAAGCAAGGCAGCCCGCGGGGCAUAGCUGGCCCCCCCCGCUUCUCCGAGAUCCUGUACUCGCCACGCGAGCCAACGUUGGCGGGCCGGGCUGUGGCUGCAGCAGGAGCUUCACUUGUAGCAGGUCUGGUGGUGAAUCCGCUGGACGUCAUCAAGACGCGCAUGCAGGCCCAGCAGCUGCUGCUGGCGGGCAUCCUCAGCGAGCCAGCACCGCGACACACGCUGUACGACCGGUGGGGCAUCUCGUCGUGCGCCGCCACGUGCUUCCGGAAGCCCUCGAAGCUCGGGCGCGUGAAGGCGCCGCACACGUGCACGGUGGAGGCGUGCGACAUCUACCACUCGAGCGCUGACCUGGUGCGCAAAGUGUGGCAGCGCGAGGGCCUGCGGGCGUUCUGGAGGGGCACGCCGGAGUCCCUGCUCAUGGCGGUGCCGCUCGUGGGCAUCUACAUGCCGCUCUACGAGUCCACGCUCGUGCACAUGCAGCGCUGGCUCCACGAGGACCGCCCGGGCCCCUUUCUGCCGCUCGUGGCCGGCACCAUGUCGCGCGCGGUCUCCGUGCUCUCCGUGGGCCCGCUCGAGCUGCUGCGGACGCAGGCGCAGGCCACCGCGUCCUCCGAGGCGCGCCGCUGCAGCACCACCGCGAUCAAGCAGGGCUGGAGCUCCGCGGGGAUGCGCGGCGUGGCGCGGGCCGUGGCGCCGCUGUGGCGGGGGGCCGGGGCGACGCUGAUACGCGACGUGCCGUACAGCGGGCUGUACUGGAUGGGCGUGGAGGCGAUCCGCGGGCGCGUGCACAGCCUGCGCGCGGGGCAGGUGGACGGGCCCCUGGGGAAGGCGCUCGCGCGGAGGCCGGAGGCGCACGCGGGCGAGGAGCAGCGCGACGCGGUGCUGAUCAACAUGGUCGCCGGCGCGGUCUCCGGCAGCGCGGCGGCGGCGGUGACCACCCCGCUGGACGUGGUCAAGACCUACAUGCAGACCAGCACGCUCAUCAGCAGCAGCGCCGAGCCGACCGCCGCGCCCGCGCCCAGCACGGCCAGGGCGCCCGCGGCGGCUGGCAGCCAGGGCCUGGCCGCGCACGGCGUCAACCUCGGGAACGCGCUGCACGCUCGGAACGCGUACAGCGGGGGCCUCAGCAUGGGCGUGGAGCGCGGGAUGUCGUCGGAGGCGGGGGCGGGGGCGGGGGCGGGGAACGGGUGGACGGCAUCGAUCCGGUCGAUAUACAGGUCGGGAGGGAUAUCGGGCUUCUUCACGGGGUGGGCUCCGCGUUCCGCGCGCGCGGCGCCCGCUUGUGCUAUUGUUCUGGGCUCCUACGAGGCCAUCAAAGCGUACCUGUCCGAGUUGUGA